AAUCUUAAAAACUCAUUUUCAAGCUUUAAUUUAUCAAUUUCAAUCCGCCAUGGCUGCAAUCUCUCCGAUCUCCUUCCUCUUCUCAAUCCUCAUCCUCCUAAUCGCGCCAAACCCAUCCACGGCGGGGAAACCACACGUCAUCAAGUUCCGAUCCCCCAAUCUCUACCCAGAGGGACUCGCCUACGACCGCUCCGCACAGCACUUCAUCGUCGGAUCCCUCCGCCACCGCUCGAUCCACUCCGUCUCCGAUGCUGGCGUCGUCGGCACCCUCAUCACCGACCUCUCCCUCCCUCCCAACGCCUCGAUCCUCGGCCUGGCGGUCGAUUCCGUCAACAACCGCCUCCUCGCCGCCGUCCACUCCGUGGCCCCGCUCCCAAUCUUCAACGCCCUAGCCGCCUACGACCUCCGCACCCGCAAGCAGCUCUUCCUCUCCCUCCUCCCCGACGGCGGAGCCACCGGCCGCCCCGUCGCGAACGCGGUGGCCGUCGACUUCAAGGGCAACGCGUACGUCACCAAUUCCUUGGGAACCGAGGAAGGGAACUUCAUCUGGAAAGUAGAUUCGGAAGGAAACGCGUCGAUCUUCUCCAGAUCGGAUAAAUUCACCGAAUCCCCCGUCGACCGCGACCUGCCGUACAGCGAAUCGGGGCUCAACGGCGUGGCCUACGUCAGCAAGGGGUACCUCCUCGUGGUGCAGAGCAACACCGGGAAGGUGUUCAAGGUCGAUGAGGUCACCGGGGGAGCGAGGCGGGUGAUCCUGCCUGCGGAUCUGAUGUACGCCGACGGGAUCGCGGUGAGGAGGCGGGACGGGGCCGCGCUGGUGGUGUCGCACGAGAAGGUGUGGUUUUUGAAGAGCGACGAUAGCUGGGCGGAGGCGGCGGUGUUCGAUUCCGUGGAGCUGGAGGACAGGGAAGGGUUCGCGACGGCGGUAGUAGUGGCGGCGGCGGAGGACAGGGCGUACGUGUUAUAUGGGAGCGUGAUGGAGGGCAUUUUGGGGAAUGUGGAAGUAGAGAGGGAGUGGUUUAGGAUAGAGGAGGUUCGGUCGGCGAAGGAGGGCGAGGACGAGAAUGUAAUUUUGUAUGUUAUGAUUGGGCUGGGCCUGGCCUACUUCUUGUUCUGGAGAUUCCAGAUGAAGCAGCUCGUUCGCAACAUGGAUAAAAAGACCACUUAGAGAAAGGGGGGAAAAUGCUCUUUUUUACACAACGAUACGUUUCUUGAAAUUUUGCACUCUAUUUUCUUUUUUAAAUGUCAUCUUAGAUGUUAGUUUUUGAUCAUGUAAAAUUAGAGAGAAAGGAGUAAAGUUUGUAUUAUUGUUUUAAUCUAACCGUAUUUGAACUUUUGAGGGGUUUUCUUUAGUCUUUCUCUUGUCUUGCGGAUGAAUGGGAUGUGCAAGAAAGUGUAGUAGACGAAUCAGAAUCGUCGGUUAUUAUUUUUAGAUUAAUAUAAUCUUAUGGUUCGAGUUAGAGAAUUUUAAGAAUUGAGAUUCAUCUAAUAAAGAUUAGAAUAUAGCAUCAUGACCCAAAUUUCGUUAAUUCACAAUCUAAAUAACAAAACUCGGUAAUAAGUACUUGAACAUAAAUUGGUAUAUAUGUCCUGUAAGAAGGCAAAGCAUGCCAAGUAGACCAAUAGGCCACUAACACAGGUUUGCAGGGCUCAUGGCUAGCUAAUUGGCAAUAAUGGGGUUUAAAAUACUUUUCCAUCGAAGAACCAUUAUGUUUGACCAUCUUCACGAUAAUCUUUGUAAAGAGAGAGAGGAUUAAGUUGGGUUGUGAAUUAACUUUAUUUAGUUUAAGAUUUAAACUCGAUUAGAUGGGAUGACAUGUGGGGAUUAAAGAAAGAUUUUAAACUCGAUCGUUGGAUGGAUUAGAUUAAAUGUUACCCAGCACCAUGCUUACCACGACGAUGUAAAUUUUGGACCACAGCGCUGGAUUAUAUAUAUAGGGUUGGCUAUUAGGGUUUGGUAGGAUGCCUUCAGAGUUCAGAUAGAGCCUUUGAAUAUUAGGGUUCUUUCAUAAUAGGCAUGUUGGUUAAGUUAGUGAUACAAUAUUACAGCUUGUCCUUGUACAUAAAUGGUUAAUUGAUUUUAGGUACGAUGGUUGGUUCAAUUGAUUAUUUAUGAUUAAUUGAUUGUAGCUAGGUAUGAUGUGGGUUCAAGUAUAUGUUAAUUAACUAAGGCUAUUCAUAAAUCAAUAUUAUCAUGUAUACAUAUAUGAGUCAGACUGUUGUACACUUGAAGUAUACGAUACUCCAGAUAUUACUUGUGAGAUACAUUUAUCUAACCACGAAUUAAAGCGAGUUUGUGGUAUGAUAUAUCAUACCCUUACUUCUAAUGGAUUAACCUCAGAAUCCAGUACUCUAAACUUAAACCCGAAGAUUAACAAUCUGGACGGUUUUAGUUCGCCAAAGCACAGUAAAUUACAUUGAAGAACCAUAUCUCUUGGAGUUAUGUUAUACUCCGGGAGCCCAUUAUAUAUAUAUAUAUAUAUAUAUAUAUAUAUAUAUAUAUAUGGUGGCUACUUCGGUGCACUCACUUUUUUGAGUGCACCCACCUCUAAAAGGAAAAAAUCCCAAUUUACACAUGUUUUUAAAAAAAAUUCUCAAAAUACACAUGUUAUGAAAAAAAUUCCCAAUCUACACAUGUUUGGGCCUUCACCGCGUCAGAGAAGGGCGGUGAUUGCUUCACCGCGUGAGAGAAAAACGGUGAUUGCUUCACCGUGGGAGAGCAAAACGGUGAUUGCUUCACCGCGUGAGAGCAAAACGGUGACUGCUUCACCGCGUGAGAGCAAAACGGUGAAGCACUGAACUGCGUCCAAACUUUAAAACAACGUAACUUUGUGCUCGAUUAUCCGAUCGUAGCGAAUUUUUUUUUGAUUCCGCAUAAUUUUUCGAGCGGCUUGCAAGAUCUCGAAAAAUUAUGCGGAAUCAAAAAAAAAUUCGCUA